ACCAAGAUCGACAAAGAGGCUUGCCGGGAGGCGUACAACCUGGUGCGCGACGACGGCUCGGCCGUCAUCUGGGUGACUUUUAAAUAUGACGGCUCCACCAUCGUCCCGGGCGAGCAGGGAGCGGAAUACGAGCACUUCAUCCAACAGUGCACAGAUGAUGUCCGGCUGUUUGCCUUUGUGCGCUUCACCACGGGUGACGCCAUGAGCAAGAGGUCCAAGUUCGCCCUCAUCACGUGGAUUGGCGAGAACGUCAGCGGGCUGCAGCGGGCUAAGACUGGGACGGACAAGACCCUGGUAAAGGAGGUUGUGCAGAAUUUCGCUAAAGAGUUUGUCAUCAGCGAUCGGAAGGAGCUGGAGGAAGAUUUCAUCAAGAGCGAGCUAAAGAAGGCAGGGGGAGCCAAUUAUGAUGCCCAGACGGAGUAACCCAGCCCUCCCCUGCCCCUUGCCAAAGUCAUCUGCCUGCUCCCCAAGGGAGGGGACCACCGGCCUCCGCUACAAUCCACCAGCCCACCAGGGAGAGGAGAAUCAAUGAGAGGCAACGCCCACCACCCCGUGUCCACACCCCACAUCCCCUUUCCUGCUUCCCUCAUGAACCCUGCCAUGUCCUUUCUCAUGAAGCUCAUGGAACAUCUUUCUUUGAUCUCCUUUUUCUUUUUUCCCCCUUUUUUGUUCUAAAGAAAAGUCCUUUUGAUGCCAAGGUCAUGCAUGUCAUCAGAUCUGAGGUGCCUCCUGUGGUGACCCCUUUCCCUGGCAUUUCCGCCUGGUCUGAUCCACUGUGACCUCGCGCUGCUCCUGGAGCUGGGGCCUGUUCUACCAUCUUGGUUUCUUUGGUGUGCCCUCCUGUUGACCGCUAAGGGGGCAGCCGGGCCAGGAGCUGCACCCACCGGCUGCAGCCUUCAUAAGCAUACACACUGAUCCCAUCGUCAGUCUUGGACCUCCCAGAACUUGCUGCAGGGUCCCUAACCCCACCCCCAUUCAAAGUUGCCUAAGCUACAUGUCCAACACAGACAGUAUUGCUCAGGGGUGAAAAGUUUGGGUCUGGCUCGGACUGAAUAAGAAGAGAGAAAAUUUGCCUUAAAACUUACCUGGCAGUGGCUUUGCCACAUGGUCUGAAGCCACCUAUUCCUCCCCUUUUGAUUGAAAUCUUGUGGCAUGAAGAAGAGGCAAAGGUCUGAGUCCAGGUUUGGCAAGAGAAACAAUUCAGGGUUAACUUCAAGAACUCCCAAAGUGACAGGGACAUUAGGGAGAGAGGCUCAGGGUGGGGGAUGGGAAUUUAAGUAGAACUAGGAACUGAUUCCUGACUUGCAGAAAGGUCCUGUGCAAACAGCGGGGACAGCACGGGGACAGCAUGGGCCUGGGGCCUGCUCACCACUUUUGCUGUGUGGAGCUGCAGCCCCAGCAUUCACGGCGACCAGAAAGUCUGUGGCUUUCAUCCUAGGUCUGCACCACAAGUUAAAAGGAUUGUUUCGUUUUUAAAGAAAGAUGAGAUUGGCUUGGUUUUUCAUGAGCACGUUUUAUAUAGUUCUUUUUCUUUUUUUCCUUGCUCAUUUCAUUUGGGAAAGAAAUCUGUACUGUAUUGAGGUCGUGAAGGACAUCUCUGCACUCAAAACAGUUUACAGAAAUAAAUGUUUUUUGUUUUUCAAAAAAAAA